CAAAGGUAGCUCCCCGCGAAGACACAAGAAGUCCACACAACUACAACUACGACGAUAUGGCGUACAACUUCGUCCGGUCCUACAUAGACACGUUUCGAGAGCGUACCGCGGCCAUCAGCCAUACCUCGACCUUUCGUUCCACCGGCCAGAUAACGCCCGAGGAGUUCGUGCUUGCUGGUGACUUCCUAGUAUUCAAGUUCCCCUCCUGGGAAUGGGCGGAUGCCUCGUCACCCUCGAAGCGAGUAUCGUACCUCCCGCCAGGAAAGCAGUAUCUCGUAACUCGCGGCGUACCGUGCCGCCGGCGCCUCGAUGACAACUUUGCUGGGGAAGCCGGACAAGCCGGCACUCUCGUUAAGGAUGGCUUGGCAGGAGAAGGCGACGCGGAUGACGACGGAUGGCUAAGGACGGGAGGUAUGGCUGAGAGCCAGGAAGCAAAAGUGCGGGAUGUCCGAACUGUCGACGAGAGCGGAAAUCUAGGAGCGCCCGAAGAUGAGGAAGACGAGAUACCAGAUAUGGAGGACGACGAUGACGAUGAAGCCAUCAUUCGUGAACCUGCAAGCGAAGACUCGUCGGCACCUGUCCGCACCUACACCCUUUACAUAUGCUACUCCGCAAAAUACCAGACACCCCGCCUAUAUCUUUCGGGCUAUGGCUCCACCUCCGUACCGCUGAAGCCCCAGGAGAUGAUGGAGGAUAUAGUCGGGGAUUACAAGGACAAAACCGUGACAAUCGAGAACUUCCCUUUCUUCGAUCAUGCAGUGAAGACGGCAUCAGUGCACCCCUGCAAGCAUGCCUCUGUCAUGAAAGUCUUGCUCGACCGUGCAGAUGCCGCUCUUAAACUUCGGCUAGCGAAGCUGAAAGCCGGCAAAGGCGUCGGCAAAGUCGAUAGCGGCAUGGAAGGCCUCGUAGAUGACACGAGGCUGCUGAAGCUCACGGAGCAGGCGAAAGCACCGGAUGCAGAUGCCAAGGAUGCAGACUGGGACCUAGUAGAAGGUGGUUUGGAAGACGAGGAUAUCGCUAUUCGGGUGGACCAAUAUCUAGUGGUGUUCCUAAAGUUCAUGGCUAGUGUCACACCAGGCAUAGAACAUGAUUUUACUAUGGGCAUAUGAGACAUAUUUCUAGGCACUUUCUCUGUCUAAGAUUGAUUACUACGGGGAGUCCUAUGGUUCUACUAUCACACUCUGGCGUUUGGGAUUUCAUGGAAGGACCGGGUAGCAGGAAAUGGUGUUGGGGUUCAAGGCUUCAAGAUCGACCAGUGAUGAGCCAAGAUACCAUGAUUUGUGAUAAUAUGCCAUCUUAUCUGUACUGAACAACCUCGACAUAUCUUCCAACACGAUUGAGUGAACACAGCUGAAGAUGCAAAAGUGAUAACCCACCGGGUCCCAAUGCCGCAUGCCCCAAGGCCGUCUCAUUUCGGAUUCUUUGCCUUCAUACGCCGAACUCUCUCUUCAUCAAAUCUUCACCCAAUAACUUAGCCUUCAGUCUAUCGAUAAAUGAUUGCGGU